AGAGAUAAUACCAUGGACACCACAGAGCUCUGCAUCUUGCUAUGUUAAACCAGAAAAAGAGAGGACACGUACAGAACUGAGGGAAAAGAGCAAGGAAGCUAGCCAUAGAGAUGGCGGCUGAGGCGCUGGUGAGUGUUUCCAAGGGGGUGAUGAACUCUGUGUUAGAGAAGCUGGCCACUUUGAGAGUACACCAAGCACAUGAAAUGCAGCGGGAGGUGGCGUUCCUCAAGGACGAGCUCAGCAGCAUGGACGCUGUCAUCAAGAAGCUCGAGAACAUGGAAGAGGAGCUCGAUCCACAGACCAGGGAGUGGAAGAACCAGGUGAUCGAUAUGGCGUUUCACAUUGAGGACUGCAUCAACGACUUCAUGCAUGAAUCUGGUUAUCUUCCGAGCCACUGCGUUGAUCCGUAUGUGGUCGCUACUCACUCCGACGGAGGCCAGGGAGCGUUUGGUUAUUGGAUCUAUCCGCUGGGAGAUGGUAGCACGGGAUAUCUUCAACCGGUUUGGAUGGCGGUCAUGUAAUAGGAUAGGCAAUUAGUUUACCUAUCUUUCUUAUGCCAGCCGGUUGUGGCUUUUUGUGGCUAGUUUGUUAUUGGCCUUUUGGCUCUUUGUGAGCUUUCCUUUAUUUUCGUUUGAGACUUUAAGACCUUGUUAAACCUAUUUGCUUAUUUAAUAAGUUGGCCGUAUGCAUCGUUUUGAUGCAGAGGCCGGGGAGUCCCCCUUUUCGAAAAAAAA